AUGAGUAUGAGGGUUAUUAUAAGAAAGUUGUUUUCUGUUACAAACUUAUGUGCUCCUAGACAUGCUGUUCGUUUUGCGGCCAGUGACGCUAAAAAAGAGACCAAAAAAGAAGCGGAAAAAAUCGAGCCGAUAAAAAAUAUUCUAAUAGAGAAAUAUGGUUCAAUCACAACUGUCAGCAUAGACCGCCAGACUACAAGGAACAGCCUGGACAUAUUAACACUCAAACAAUUGACAGAUGCAAUAAAUGCAUUUGAUCAGGAUGCAGAGGCCAAAGUGCUAGUAAUUUCUGGAGAAGGUGGUACCUUCUGUUCUGGAUUUGAUAUGGACGAAUUGGAAGAGAAAGGUUAUCAAAAUAUGACAGAUGCGGCAGCUCGGCUCCUCCGGCGACCUCUCUGUGACAAGAUCACAAUAGCGUCAGUAUCAGGUUAUGCAGUGGCACAAGGGUUCGAACUAGCGCUCUCAUGCGACCUACGAGUUAUAGAGGAUACUGCUGUUUUGGGCUGUCUUGGGAGGCGUUACGGCGUUCCUCAAUCAUUGUACGGUGGAAGAAAGCUCACGUCUUUGAUUGGUCUGUCGCGGGCUCUUGAUCUGCUCAUGACGGGACGGCUGAUCUCAGGGGCAGAAGCCAACCAGUUCGGCCUUGCCUGUAAAUUGACGUCUACAGGAACAGCUCUAGGUGAAUCUAUAAAACUAGCAAAAUCCUUAACAAAAUUCCCCGAAAAUGCGCUCAUAAUGGACAAGUUAGCCUCCAUCAACUCACAACUAAAUCCCAACAGUGAAGAGAGUAUGAGAGAUGAAGCAGUCAUGACCAGCCUCCUGGGCAAUGCUAUUGUGGACAUCUCAGCAGGAUUAAAGAAAUUUCAAGCAGGUGUAGGUAAACACGGCAAAUUCUAUAAGCUGACAGAAGUACCGUUAAAGGACUGGGAGUUGGAGGAGACGGUAGAAGAAAUAGAAGUGAGAGAAGGUCAAGUAAAGGCUCAACAACGCAAUGAAACUGUAAUCCAAGAGGAAACAAAGAAAUAG